AACACGACCUUUCUUCAAUCCACCGCUCGUUUUGUUCUUUGCGCAUCUACACUCUGGCAAUUCUUCACCAAAACUCAACGACUUGCACACAAUGGCGACGGUACUCUGCGGCGUCUGCGAGACAGAGCCAAAGAAAUACAAAUGCCCAACUUGCGCGCUUCCAUACUGCUCAUUGACAUGCUUCAAGACACACAAAGUCACACACCCAGAAGACGCCGCCUCAUCGACAUCAAAACCCGCCGAGCCAACCAUCCCACAACCACCACCGCCCGCUCCUAUACCGCGCUACCUCAAAAGCCGCACCGACUUCUCUACUCUAGCCACCAGCCCCAAAUAUCAGGCCCUUCUAAAGGAAAACCCUAUAUUACUCUCUACCCUCCAACGUGUCUACGCCAAAACCAUACAGCCGGAUCCGGAAGAUGAGAGACGACGACGCAUGCUCGAGAGGAACAUGUCUCGAGGACGAGGGUCAAGAGGUAGAGGAAGAGGGAGGGGAAGAGGGAGGGGAAGAGGAGGCAGGCAUUGGGAAGACAGAGAAGAGAGGUGGACACCUAAGAAGGGGGACAAAGAUGCCAUGGCUGUGCUAAAGGCGAUUCGGGAUGGGGAGGACAACCCAGAGGAAAAAGAGGCGAUGGCACAAUUUGUGGAGUUUGUCGAAGAGCUUUUCGGAAAGAAAGAUACGACGAGUGGUGUUGAAGGAUGA